AUGGCAUCAGACCCAAUUUUGCCCAAGAAGGGCGAGCGCAACAUCCUCGUGACGAGCGCAUUGCCCUAUGUGAACAAUGUUCCUCACCUGGGCAACGUCGUCGGCUCUGUGCUGAGUGCCGAUGUAUUCGCGAGAUAUCACAAGGCGUGCGGACGCUCUACACUAUACAUUUGCGGUACGGACGAGUACGGAACGGCAACGGAGACAAAGGCGCUGGAGGAGAAGGUGACCCCGCAGGAGCUUUGCGCCAAGUACAACAAGAUCCAUCAGGAAGUGUAUGAAUGGUUCAACAUCGGAUUCGACCACUUUGGUCGCACCCCCACCGAGAAGCACACCGAGAUCUCCCAGGCUAUCUUCAAGCGUCUUUACGACAAUGGAUUUCUGGGCGAGCGGACCGCCGAGCAACCCUUCUGCGAGCAGCACGGUUCUUUCCUGGCGGACCGCUAUGUCGAGGGUGAAUGCCCCCGUUGCCACUACGACGAUGCGCGCGGUGACCAGUGCGACAAAUGUGGUCACCUUCUGGACCCCUUCGAUCUGAUCAAGCCCCGCUGCAAGCUCGACGGCGCCACUCCCGUCCGUCGCGAGACAAAACACGUCCACCUUCUCCUCGAUAAGCUCCAGCCGGAGGUUGAGAAGUGGUCCGCCGAGUCAAUCUCGAAGGGCGACUGGCCCAAGAACUCGCGCGUCAUCACCGAGUCCUGGUUGAAGGAGGGUCUAAAGGACCGUGGUAUCACUCGCGACCUGAAGUGGGGUGUUCCCGUUCCUCUUGAUGGUUAUGAUAAUAAGGUGCUUUACGUCUGGUUCGAGGCUUGCAUCGGUUACCCAUCCAUCACCGCCAACUACACUAAAGAUUGGGAGCUUUGGUGGCGCAACCCCGAGGAUGUGCAGCUGUACCAGUUCCUGGGCAAGGACAAUGUACCCUUCCACAGUGUGAUUUUCCCCGCCACUCAGAUCGGUACCCGGGAUACCUGGACUAUGAACCACCAUCUGAGUGCGACUGAAUACUUGAACUACGAGGGUGGCAAGUUCAGUAAGUCGCGUGGUGUCGGUGUCUUUGGCACCAACGCCAAGGAUACUGGUGUGCCUGCGGAUGUUUGGCGGUACUACCUGCUCAAGAACCGCCCGGAGACUGGCGACACCCAGUUCGAGUGGCGAUCGUUCGUGGAGAGCAACAACAGCGAGCUGUUGGCCAAGCUGGGCAACCUCGUUAACCGAGUGAUCAAGCUUGUUACCGCCUCUUAUGGCGGUGUUAUCCCCGAAUUCACACUCCCGGAGAACUUCAACCCCUUCCUCGAAGAAGUUACCACUCUUACUCGCCAGUACGUUGAGGAGAUGGAGAGCGUCCACCUUCGUGCUGGUUGCUCCACCGCCAUGAGAAUCGCCGAAGCCGGUAACGGUUUGAUCCAGGCCAACCGCCUCGACAACUCUCUCAUUGCCAAUGAGCCCGAACGCGCCGCGGCCGUCGUCGGUGCUGUGCUCAACCUGAUCCACCUGCUUUCCGCCGUCUUCGCCCCCUACAUGCCCGCCACUGCCCAGGGAAUCCUGGAGCAGCUGGAUGCUCCGUUCCUCCUGGUCCCAUCUCUGGAUGAUCUCAAAAACGGCUGGAAACCCACCAGCCUGAAGGGUGGUCACAAGAUUGGCAAGGCCAAGUACCUGUUCUCUCGCAUCGACCCCAAGAAAGCCGAUCAGUGGCGCGAGGACUUCGGUGGUUCCCAGGCCGACCGGGCUAAGAAGAAUGAGGAGGCCGCCAAGGCCGCCGCUAAGAAGGCUGCCGCUAAGGCUAAGAAGAAGGAAAAGAAGGACAAGAAGAGCGUCGAGGCUACCGCCAAGGGUGGCGCCGAACGCCCCAGCGCGGAUGCCGACGCUGUCGAGAAGGUUACCGAUGGUGUUGCCCAGGUCACCCUCCCAACCUCUUAA